AUGAUCGACUGCAUAUUGCCACGAUCUCCUCUAAAAGCGGAUAGCACACGAGAAAAUCUACUUGGAUACGAUCAUACUAACACGCUCACUAGCGUUAGUAAUCUUGGCUCGGUGCUGUUCAGGCAAGCCAAAUAUAAAGAGGCGGAAGCGAUGCAUCGACGGGCAUUGGAGGCACGAGGGAAGGUUCUUAGACGUAAGCAUCCCGAAGUUCUGGCCAGUGUCAAUAAUCUCAGCCUAGUGCUUGAUAACCGAGGAAAGCACCAGGAAGCGGAAACGAUGCAUCGACGGGCAUUAGAGGUAGAGAGAUGA